AUGCCUAGCUUCAGCAAGACCGUCUUCCUCACCAUCGCGGCCGCCACCGCCGUCGCCGCCGCGCCCCUCUCGCCUCGCAGCCCCGGCCUGGCCAUGGAGGGUGAUGUCACCCACGUUGCCCCGCGCGCGGCCCCAUCCGGAAUGGGCCACGACGGCCACGGGAACCACAAGCGUUUCUUGUUCCUGGGUUCGCUGGGUGCUGCCGCCACUUCGGCAAACGACAAGGCCGAGCAUGCCGAGGACAAGGCCAAGGAAGGAAUCAAGAGUGCCGGACAAGCCGUCGCCGGUAGCGCAGCGGCUGUCGGAGGCGCUGUCGUCGGAGGCGCAGCGGCCGUCGGCGGUGAGAUUGGCGCCGAGGCCAAGAACGCCGGCGCGGCGCUCAAGGCCGGCGGCACCGCGUUCGUCAACGGAUCUCCUGCCAUCCAGGCCGGCGAGAAGCUCGGCAAGGAUGGCAAGGACGCCGCCCUCCAUGGUGUGGCGAGUGCCGCGGGCGCCGUCUCCGGCGCGGCCGGUGACCUCGCCGCCAAGGCUAAUGGUGCGGCUCACUAA